AUGGCUAUCAGAACAAACUCAUCUGAGUAUUAUUGGUCUUAUGAAUAUUACUGGGACUAUUUGGAUCCAGUUCCUGUAGAUGAAAGGAAGUUGAAGGCUAAUAAAUAUUCAAUUGUCAUAGCCUUUUGGGUUGGUAUUGCUGCAUUUGUGGUGUUUCUGUUCCUUAUAUUGCUCUACAUGUCCCGAUCUGGGUCUACACCAGUCAAACAAGUGCUUGCAGGUAACCGGAUAGAACAUCUGGAAGGAAGUAGCUCCAAUGUUGAGCGGCUGCAUUGUGAUGAUCUCAGCAGUCCGGACUCAGACUUGAUCGCUACUGAACCAUGUAAUUCUCUUUCAGAUGAAAUUGGCAUUCAUGGAAGUAUCUCGGCUUGA